AUGUCUUUCGAGCAAAAUCCUCCUGCAGACGCGCCAAUGGAAGACGCGGACGAUGACGACCUAGGCAAGCUGCUGCAAUCAGCACAAGUGGGCGCUGCAACGGGCGGCGAGGAUUUCUUCCAAUCGUUGAACAACCGGGAGCUCGAUCGAGGAGAGAAGGCGGACGAUGCCAUCGACUAUGAAGACAUCUCCGAUGGUGAUCUGCCGGACGAGGAGUUUACGACAGAGACCGAUGGAAUUUCGAACCUUCAAAACUUCAGUGGGACUACAGUGCAAGAUUCUGGCGAGAGUUUCGAAGAUGGCGGAGAUGACAUGGACGAUUUAUUCGGCGACGGACUCUCAAGCCCUGUUCUGGAACGGUCGCAUCAUUACAAGGACAAGCCGGUCGAUUCUAUCGAGGACCUCCUCAACGGAACACAAUCACAUAUUGCAAGCGCUGGAAGUGGUAGACUGCAAUCUGUGUCACAGAGCGUUACCUUUGGCACAACACAAGAAGACGACGAGGAUGACGACCCGGAAUGGCUUGAGCAGAAGCGCUUGUUUGAGCAGGCGCGUACUGGCAAGGAAGGCGAAGGCGCAGAAGGUCCAAAGACCACACGAGAGGACUUCGAGAAGAUGUGGCCUAACUUCGAGGAGAAAGUGCCCCCGCGUUUCUUCAGCUUGGUGCCACGUAACCGUGCCUUCUACAUCCCCAAGGUCCCGCAGAAGCAGCCAAAGAUCAUGCCUUUGACUAAGGCCAGUCUCGAAAUCGCAAUCGACCAGGAGAAGAGCUUUCGACUACCUGCAGCAGGACCUACAACCGGAUCAAAGCGGCAGUUGGAGGAAGAGCAGGGUUGCCUAAUCUACAUUACGAGGGUUGUCAAAGAGGAGCAGGAAAGCGACGACCAAAUGGAGUUAGACAACCUCGACCCACUUGAUGAUCGUGAGAGAAUUGGCAAUGUCUCCUGGAAUGAUCUUAAGAUUGCUUGCGAAGACUGGGAUAUUCUGGAUGACGGAAGUACUUCGGACCCCGACCAGCUCUUAUCACCUCCAGAUACGAUCCUGGGGGAUGACGAUGGCGACUGGAUACGUUCUCUCGUACCUUCCAAGAAGCGAAAGCUCGGCAGCCGAGAAACCCCAGUUACAUUCUCAGUAUACGAUCACAUGGAUCUUCCGUCUUGGGAUGACCCAGAAGCAGAGACUGCAAGGAUCGCAAAGAAGAUCAUACUAGAUAUGAACGACCCGCAUCUCCUGCUGGACAUCCAGCUGCCUAGUGCAGAGCCACCAAAACCGCGCACUAUGGGCCUUGGCCUCAAGCGUGACAAUCGUGGCAGUCUCGCGAAUCCUAUGUUUAAGCGAUACAACAUCUCCAACGAUGAGGCGUACGAUGCGCUUAAAGAGAGUAGCCAGCAGAAGGUCCGCAGCACAAUUGGUCACAUGAAUGUUGAGCAUAGUUUGCCCGCGUUGAAGUUGCAAUACCCCUUCUACAAGGUCAAUCUCACCGAUCGCGAGCUGCGAUCCUUUCACAGGCCGACGAUCGAGUUUAGACCUGGUGAGCGAGCCAGCAUCUCGUUGCUCAAAUCCGUCAAGCGAAAGCACAAAAAGAAUCUCAAGCCAUCGGAAGCAUUCGCCACGGCCGAGGAUCUCAACGUUGGCGACAACUCGGAUCUCCUACUUGCUGAAUACUCUGAAGAGUACCCUACGUCGCUGUCGAAUUUCGGCAUGGGCAUAAAGAUCCUCAAUUACUAUCGUCGCAAGGAUAUGGAAGACAGUGCUCGACCGAAGCGUGAGGACGGAAUUGGAGAAACCUCGGUGCUAUUGCCUCAGGAUAAGAGUCCAUUCUCACUCUUCGGCCAAGUUGAGCCUGGCCAGGAAGUACUGACUCUACACAACGCCAUGUAUCGAGCACCUGUCUUCAAGCAUACGCCUGAAUCGACGGACUUCCUUAUCAGCAGAAGUAAGACUGGUGUUAAUGGCACCAAAUACUACAUGCGAAAUAUCCCUCACCUUCUCGUUGUCGGCCAGCAAUUUCCUUCAGUCGAAGUACCCGGUACGCACGCGCGCAAGGUUACCGAGGCUUCGAAGAAGCGACUCAAGAUGCUUUCCUUCCGCAUGUAUAGGAGGGGUGAGACGUACAACAUCAGGCAGCCGUGGGUCAGCAACGAGAUGAUCAAGCUACAUCUUCCGGGAACCGAAAUCGCACAAAAUCGAUCCCGCAUGCGCGAAAUCAUGAAGUAUGACAAGGACCUUGGUACCUGGAAGCCACAAGAAGGCGAGACGAUUCCAGACGAGCCCAUGUUGCGCACCUGGAUCAAACCCGAGGACGUGUGUCUUAUUGAUUCAAUGCAUGCUGGUGACAAGCAGCUUCAGGACUCCGGUAUCAAGUCGAACGACAUCAGAGAUGACGAAGAAGAGGCGGAAGGCGAGAAUUCGGCAGUCAAACUGGCACCCUGGAACACCACAAAGAAUUUCCUGAACGCUUGUGCAGGCAAAGCCAUGCUGGAGUUGCACGGUGAAGGUGAUCCUACCGGACAAGGUCUGGGAUUCAGCUUCAUCAAGGUCUCAAUGAAGGGUGGUUUCCGCGACGUCGGGCAAAGUGCAGCAGAUCAGGUCAAUGCCAAGAAGCAGAAAGAACUGAGCGGUCACAGCUACAACGUUCAGCAGCAGCAAGCGAUGUACGAGAAUGCCAUCAAGCGUAUCUGGAACAGACAGAAAGAGAACCUUUCAGCAACAAACCCUCCAGAGGAUAUAGAGGAGGAUGUGGAUUCUGCUGCUGCUCGCAACGCACAACGCGGACGUUCUGAAAUGGGUACACCAGCUCUGAUGCGCGACGACGACACUAUGAGUCAACUCAGUCGCAAUAGUAAUGCGGAAACUCACGGCAAGAAGUUGCGCAUCACACGAACCGUCAAGAACAAGUACGACGAAUUUGAAGAACAGGUGGUAACGGUCACCGAUCCCGAGGUUAUCAAGAUGUACAUCAAGCGCAAGAAGCAGGAUCGCCUGAUGAACAUGCGUCUUGACGACAUCAAGCCCACGGGUGACGCAGAGUACGAUCGUCAACAACAGUUGAAGCUCAUGGCUGAGCUGAAACGCCUGGAGCGCAACAUGGAACGUCGACAAGGCCGUGAAAAGGCCAAAGGUCAGGCAACAGGCGACGGAGGUCCCGGCAAGGGUGGUGCAACACCUAGGAAGUGUGCCAAUUGUGGUGAAGUUGGCCACAUCAAGACAAACAAAAAGCUUUGCCCACUACUCAAUGGCCAGAAGAAGCAGAGUGAUACCUUUAAGGACGCUUCCGCUGCAACUCCUGUACCUGCCACUCCCCAAACGGCUGGCUCGCCGCUCUAG